CUAUGAAUUUUUAGAGAGUACAGCCCUUCAUGAAGCGAUCAUUUAGUGUAUUGUAACCACAAUAUAAUUAUUAUUGACGAUUAUGUCAAACGGGAUCGAAGGGCCAACCUUUUGCCAUGUGUGUAAAACUCAACUGAACGUCAUGAAAAGAUGCUCGAGAUGCAGAAAUGUGUUAUAUUGUUCCAGGGAAUGUCAAACCAAAGACUGGUCUGUGCACAAGACAGUAUGCUACCCAAUAAGUGUGGCACAACAAAUUCCAGUAGAAAAGAGGACACAGCCUGACAAAAGCAUAUUCGAUGACCUAGAGAAUUCUUCAACCGCAAGCUACCAUCACCCGCCUUUGGUUAACUUCUCAUUAGCAGUUAAAAACAAAAACAAUAAUCCUGUAACUACUAAUCCAGGGGGAAAGUGCUAUCUCCAUGACAACGAGUAUCACACUGAUGUUCCAGUUGUAUCAGAAGAGGAACCAUUUGCUUUGAUUACUGUUAAAUACAAUAAAGACAAGCGCUCACUAAAUGUUCAGUUGUCCUGGACAGGGGAAGCAUUAUAUAAAUAUUUUGCACAUUCCCUGCACAUUCCUCUAGAAAACCUUAAAAUCAUUCACAAAGGGAAGAUUAUGAGUCGAGAAAAUAUAAUAGAAACUGUGAAAAACAAGGCAGUUUAUCAAGUGUUUGGGGAGGCAGCUGAAAACGAAGAUGACGUGGACCAAAGAGACAUUGCUGUCAUGAUGGAACAGACUGGCAUGGACAGAAAUAGGGUGGUACGCGUUCUGAAAAAAAAGGGCGAUCUGAUUGACGCAUUAUUAGAUCAAUGAUGAACCUUUGUGCUGUAAUAGCAACAGAAUUACUGUAUAGUUGUGUUAUGCUUUUAAUCUAGCAAUUUCAAUGACAAGUUGAUACUAUAUGAGUUUCGAAAUGAUCUUUAGAGAUCAUAAUUUUUAAUACCGCUGCUUUUAAGCUGACCUGAGCUCUAGGUGCUCAAUGGUGAGAUAUUGUGGUCAUUAAAUGUCUUGUGUCCGUCUUCUUGUUUAAACAUAAAUUUGUUAUCUGUAAACUUUUUGUUGGAUUUUAAUUAAACUUUUUCAUGACUGA